CAUUUUUGGCCCUCCUGAAAGGAGGACAUUUAAAAAAAAACAGGGGUGAUGGGUGUAUUAUUGUGGUUCUGAUUGUGUGUGUGUGUGUAUUUUGUAAUAUAUUUAUUAUGGAAUUACAGCAAAGAUCUCGCUCCUGAUCACAUCAGUGAGGGUGAAGUGGGGAGGAUGAUGUGUUGUUUAAUCACAGAAUGGGAGUUCCUAAGGAAGGUGCUGGCACGGGAAUCUAUGUAUUCAGAGCUUAGGGUUGGCAGAAGUGCAUGUUACGGCACUCUAGUGACCCCAUGUGGCUGUAAGGAGUCAGCGCUAGCCUCCUCAGCUCAAAAGGUCGUCCCCAUUGCAGGGUGGGGACUGUCCAGGUGAGAAGAAAGUCGGAGAAUACUAACGCACUUGCCCCCAUGUAGAAUAAUACCAGGAAUAGGACCCACCCAGAAUGGAGAAGGCAGUGGACCCUUAUCUGCAGGCAUUAGGAUUCACCAAGAAGUAGGUUUCUCAGUUCUGCCAUGGUUGCAUUUACCACCAUCAGCUUCAAGUGGAUCUUACCUGUCAGUGGCAAAAAAUAAAGCAACAGGAAGCCCAGACGUGAACAGCUCAGACCCCCAGAGGGGCGUUUUACUCAUGCUCCUGGGAGCAGGGAAUUGUCCCAGGAGCUGUACCCUAUUUGUUGACUGACUGAAAGUAAGGCCCAUGUGGGAUGAGUAAAUAUUUGAAGUUAGGGAUUAACUAGCCUCCACCAGGGCUCAUGGCCGAAGAGUAGAGAGCUGUGAUUCAAACUGGUUGAUCAGUGUGCCAUUCUGCACUAUGUGGAGGCUCUAUACUCUUUGGGUGUUGGUGGCUGCCUGCUCUGUGCACCAUGGACAUGGGGUCCCAGUAUUUUACAGCAGCAAAGAUGCAAGCCAAAUCCUGAAAAUCCAGAAGCGGGCAAACUCUUUUCUGGAGGAGCUCAAGCCAGGCUCUUUGGAGCGAGAAUGUUUUGAGGAGCAGUGUGACCUGGAGGAGGCCCAUGAGAUAUUUGAGACCAGGGAAACAACUCUAAACUUUUGGACUAAGUAUGUUGAUGGAGAUCAGUGUUUAUCCAAUCCUUGUUUCAAUGGGACCUGUCUGGACAAUAUUGGACAAUUUAACUGCAUUUGCAAUCAAGGCUGGGAGGGACGCCUGUGCCAAUAUGAGGCUAACUACACCAACUGCUCCACUUACAAUGGGGGAUGUGAACAUUUCUGUCAUGAGGAUCCGAAGCAGAGCCAGCGCCGCUAUUGCAGCUGUGCCUCAGGGUAUCAGCUGAUGGACGACCAUUCCAAGUGUGAGCCCGUUGUAGAGUUCCCCUGCGGAAGGGUGAAGGCAGAUCACAUGGAGCUCAAAUCAGGUGUCCAAAUUCGACUCAUUUCAGGGAAAAGGGGAAAAAAAGGAGACAGCCCCUGGCAGACCAUGCUGCUAGAUGGCAGGGGAAAGUUUAAAUGCGGAGGUGUUCUCAUCCAUCCCUCCUGGGUUCUAACAGCAGCACACUGCGUUGAGGACAAAGGGAGGUUCAAAGUAAGACUUGGGGAAUACCACCGUCUACGGAAUGAGGAAACGGAGCAAACCAUUAUGGUUGACAAGCUAGUGAGCCAUGAAAACUACAGCAAGGAGACCUCCGAUAAUGACAUAGCCAUGCUGCAUCUGGCUCAGCCCAUGAUUUUCAACAAAUUUGUGCUCCCCGUUUGUCUUCCCACCAAGAAACUAGCAGACCAAGAGCUGACGGUGAAUGGGAAGCAGAUGGUGGUGACUGGCUGGGGGAGCAAAAGUGACGUCUCCUCGAAUUACUCUAUUGUUCUCAGUUACAUCGAAAUCCCCAUGGUCCCACGGAAUGAGUGUGCCCAAGCUAUGAGGCAUGACAUCUCUGAGAACAUGCUAUGUGCAGGGGUCAUUGGAGACAAGCAGGAUGCCUGUGGUGGGGACAGCGGGGGCCCCAUGAUCACUAAGUUCAAGAACACUUGGUUCCUAGUGGGACUGGUGAGCUGGGGAGAAGGUUGUGGGAAAAUGGAGAAGUUUGGAGUCUACACCAAAGUCAGCCAAUACCUGGAGUGGAUCCAACAGCAAAUUAAAACAAUGGACAACUCAUCUAAGGGCUGAUUCUCAUUAGGAGGAAUUGGGACCACUGUGGCCAUAUGCUAGUGACAAUACACAGUACAAUGUGCUGUCAUGUCUUCUGGUAUUAAAGCUAGAGUAU